AGCAGGAGAUGGCCAAUGGGGAGUGUGGGCAGAGGACUGGGCUGGUUGCUGUGUGGGAGCUUGUGCAAAGAAAGCACCAACAGGCUGAGAGGCCAGGCUUGGAACGUCCUUCUGGAACAUUCUCACCGUCAUUUCUACCGAGCUGUGGGAGAGUGGCAGGCAACUCCCACCCAUCCCUUGAAGGAAGGACGCCGCUUUUGACUAUUGCGCCUGUGGACAAACUCUCCCUGGAACAGCACAACCUUUCUUUAUCCUCCGUGGAGCUCCUGCCGGAGACGAGCAUGAUACUCAGUGUUGCACAUGUGGCCUUAACAGAGACUGCUCCAGGGUCCUCGUCCAGCAGGUCUCUCCUUAUCAUAUCCUCUCCAUCUGCCACUACUUUUGAUACGACUUUUUUAAACCAUGGGAAACAGACCCAGAGUACAGUGGAUCGUAGCAUCUUUGUGGCUAAUUACGGGUCAGUGACAAGUAACGAGGUGGCUGUCGGUGAGGAUGACAUGGAUAACUUUUUGCCGGAUGCCCACUGGACCUCUUCACGGAUGGUUUCCCCCCUGCCCUAUGUCACAGCCAGCCCACCAGGGCUGCCCGGAGAAAUCCUUGAGUCUGUGCUUACUCCGUCGCUACCCACCAUUUCUUUACAGCACGAAGAGGUGACAUCGGCCUGGCAGAACACAGUGCAACAACCAUCGACAUAUGUCCAGUCCCCCGGUCAUUUUGGCACUUUGUGGUCAGCUCUUCCCACCUCUGAGGGCAUAAUUUCAACUCCUAGUAGGAAUUUGGUGCUUUAUCCUACAGAAACUUGCAGCCAGUCAUCAAGUAGGACCCCGCUAGAGAUUGUGGCUUCGGUAACAGCGGGCCCAGAAUCCCUCGUUCUCAGCUCCCGGUCUCCAGUGUCUCUGCUGUUAGGCGGUGCCCUGACUCAACAGCCAUCUGUCCCCUCGGCUGAGGCCUCCAAGCCUCCAGACAAAGUCCUGGCCACAAGCACAGAGAGAGACCCAGAUACAAGCAUUACUUCGAAUCAACACCUAGAAGAAGCCAUCUCUCUAGGAGCAUCUCCCACUGUCACUGUGUCAAAUGAAGCCCUUGCUUUCGGCAGCACACGUUCUACUUUUUCAACUCCUCUUGCUUCUGCCUCCUUUUCUGCUCAGUCAGCUGAUGUUUCCUAUCACUCCUUCCUUCCUAGCAAAGCCAGUGAAGCAUCAGAAUUGCCUCACCGCUCCCUGGUCCCCGGUCGUAUGGAUGACACCCACGUCCAGAGCCCGAUGUUCCCCCCCAGACCGUACACCUGGUGUGCAUCCUGUAUCCUGGCCUCACCUCGGCCUGUUCUGGCCACAAGUGUUGUGGAGGGAGACGUGGGGUCAGGGGAUGGGGCUGAGACCCUGUCGGUGGCCACACUGCAAGUGAACAGCCUCUCUCCAUGGAGCAGCGUGGUCAAGGACUUCUCUGAUUUUGAGGAAGAUCCUCAAGAAUUUAAUACACUUUUCCCUCCCAGGCCUGUCAUUUCCCUUUCUUCCAGACUUGUGGGGAUCUCAGCAGCAAGUAGCAGUCUGUCAGCUGAGGUGGACGUGAGCAGCAUUAUCAACACCCAGGGGUCUCCUUCCCAUGGCCACCUGACUGUACCAGUGUUGCCUGAUUCUGCUUUUGUCUUUUCUUCUGUGGCUGCUGAAAUAGUGCCAUCCAGGGUAACUGCAGAGUUCUCUUCAGUCAUCAUCACUGUCUCCCUCGAUUCUUCUUCCUCUGUCACAGCCAACAACCUCUCAUCACUUGCCACCACAGACCAGAAUCUCUCCACCUCUUACAGCUGGGUUCCUUCAGUAGCAUCUUCACUUCUCUCUACCCAAGAACCUGCCCACAUUUUUGAACAAGAAACUCGGAGUCUUUUGGAUUUUGCGUCUAGCUUUUACGCAACUCCACCACUGGGAUUUAGCAGCCUGGCCCCCUCAACUUCAGAGAUUCUUGCUUCUUCCUCUCUGACGCCAAGGGACCUGUCACCCUCCAUGUCUCACUCCUUUUCCUCCUUGGUGCAGACGUUCAUGUUGUCUGACUCUGUCACCUGGCAGUCACCUCAGCUUUCUGUCACAAAUUCCACAGACUUUGAGUUUUCUCAGCUUUUGCCAAGUUCAGACCUUCCUUUAAAAACAGUGACUUUUCUACCUGAUCACUCUGAAAUGUCACCAUUCUCAAGCUUCCCCUCCAAUUCUCCCAAGUUUGCCGAAGCCUCCACAGUUUCCUUGUUGGAUUUUGAAGCUCAUUUUACCUCAGCUUUCACUGAAACUACCUCCGAUUUGGGGUUUUCAUUCAUUCCCCGUGAAUCUGCAGUCAUCACACUGGUGCCCGCUGCCUCUGAGCCCACCCUGGAUGUCCUGACUGCUGGGACUCCUUUCCUGUCACCGUCAGUAGCUUUCUACUCAACAUCUGUUUUAACUCAGUCUUCUCUCUCCUUAGCUCUGACACCUUCUGAUGAUUCUAUCGGACCUACAAGUGACCACACCCCCAUCUUACCUUCUUCCUCCAGAGUCAUUCCGACCAGUACUGCCUCGAUCACUGACAUGUACCUGUCCUCAGCAUCCUCUGUUGUCUUUGAGCUGAGCCCCUCACCUCUGUCCACAGAGCCAGCCAUCGUGGGUCCCUCCUUCGCACCCACAGGUUCACCAUGGAAUACUUCCUCUGAGCUGAGCACCUCCAGCACUGGUGACACCGUGGAUGGUGCCCUCAGCAGCCACAUUUCAAGUCAGAGUCCCCAGGGGAACAGCACAGCGCCUCCUCUGCCAACCCUCCAUCCUGUGAACACCGCCACCCGCGAAGUGACAGUCGGUACUCCAGCCCUGGUCACCACCAAGCCACUGUACUUGUGUGACAUUACAGUCCCUGAUGCCUAUCUGAUCACAACUGUGCUGGCCAGAAGAGCUGUUCAGGAGUACAUCAUCACAGCCAUCAAAGAGGUGCUGAAAGUGCACUUCAGGAGAGCUGUGGAGCUGCAGGUUUAUGAACUGUUCACUGACUUCACUUUUCUGGUAACAUCCGGUCCUUUUGUUUACACGGCAAUAUCAGUCAUUAAUGUCCUCAUCAAUAGUAAACUCGUGCGGGACCAAACUCCUCUAAUCCUGUCUGUGAAGCCUUCAUUCCUGGUGCCUGAGUCCAAGUUCCAAGUUCAAACAGUACUUCAGUUCGUGCCUCCAAGUGUGGAUAUCGGCUUCUGCAACUUCACCGAGCACCUGGAGAAAGGCCUGAUGACAGCUCUGUUUGAAGUGAGAAAACACCAGCAGGGCACCUAUAACCUCACUGUGCAGGUCUUGAAUGUCACCAUGGGCUCUUCUAGGGUGGCUCCCCGGCGGGGCCCAGUCAACAUCAUCUUUGCUGUUAGAAGUACGCAGGGAUUUCUGAAUGGGUCAGAGGUGAGCGAGCUGCUCAGGAACCUGAGUGUGGUGGAGUUCAGCUUCUACCUGGGGUACCCAGUGCUGCAAAUCGCAGAACCCUUCCAGUACCCACAGCUCAACUUAUCUCAGUUACUGAAGUCCUCGUGGGUCAGAACAGUCCUCCUGGGCGUCAUGGAGAAGCAGCUGCAGAGUGAAGUGUUUCAGGCGGAGAUGGAGCGCAAGCUGGCGCAGCUGCUCAGCGAGGUGCCCGCCCGGAGGCGCGUGUGGAGGAGGGCCACGGUGGCCUCCAGCAACAGCGUGGUACAGGUGGUGAAUGUGUCCAGGCUGGAGGGAGACGACAACCCUGCGCAGCUCAUCUACUUUUUGGAGGAUCAGGAUGGAGAGAGACUCAGUGCCGUCGCAUCUUCUGAUCUGAUUAAUAAGAUCGACCUUCAGAGAGCAGCCAUCAUCUUGGGAUACCGAAUUCAAGGCGCUAUUGCUCAGCCUGUGGACAGGGCGAAGAGGCCAUCGCCAGAGUCCCAGAGCAACAACCUGUGGCUCAUUGUUGGUGUGGUCAUCCCAGUGCUGGUGGUGACAGUGAUUAUCGUAAUCUUGUACUGGAAACUGUGCCGCACGGAUAAGCUGGACUUUCAGCCCGACACCGUAGCCAACAUUCAGCAGCGGCAGAAGCUGCAGAUCCCUAGCGUAAAGGGCUUCGAUUUUGCCAAGCAACAUCUGGGUCAACACAAUAAAGAUGAUAUAUUGAUUAUUCAUGAGCCAGCACCACUGCCAGGACCUGUGAAGGACCACACCACACCCUCGGAAAAUGGAGACGUGCCAAGCCCCAAGUCCAAGAUCCCUUCCAAGAACGUCCGCCACAGAGGAAGAGUUUCCCCCUCUGAUGCCGACUCUACGGUCAGUGAGGAGUCCAGUGAGAGGGAAGCAGAAGAUAAGGCACCAGCAGCAGUUCCGGAAGGCAAAGCCCACCGUGCCCCACAGAGUGGCCCCCGACUGCCCAGUUCUGGGACAGAGCAGCAUUCCUCGGCCUCCAUCUUUGAGCAUGUGGACAGGGUUUCCCGCUCCUCGGAGGCCAGCCGGCAGGUCCCCAGUAAGAUCCAGCUCAUCGCCAUGCAGCCCAUCCCAGCCCCUCCAGUGCAGCACCCCAUCCUGGCUGACCGAGUGGCAGAAACCAACAAAAUCAACAAAGAGAUCCAGACUGCGCUGCGGCACAAGUCGGAGAUCGAGCACCAUCGCAACAAGAUCCGACUGCGCGCCAAGCGCCGUGGCCACUAUGAGUUCCCGGUGGUGGAUGAGUUGUCCUCAGGCGACACCAAGGAGCGGCACCGCGUGUACCGCAGGGCACAGAUGCAGAUCGACAAGAUCCUGGACCCCACAGCCAGCGUUCCCUCUGUGUUCAUCGAGCCCAGGAAGAGCAGCUCUCGGAUAAAACGUUCCCCAAAGCCACGGCGGAAACACCAGGUCAAUGGCUGCCCGGCGGAUGCUGAGAAGGACAGGCUCAUCACCACUGACAGCGAUGGCACCUACAAGCGGCCGCCUGGUGUGCACAACUCAGCCUAUAUGGGCUGCCCGUCGGACCCCGACCUCCCUGCUGAGGUGCAGACACCGCCAUCCUCCACCGACCUGGCCAGGUACCCAGGCCUCCCCUUCCCAGCCUCGCAGUACAUCCCGCCCCAGCCGUCUAUCGAGGAGGCCCGCCAGACCAUGCACUCCCUCCUGGACGACGCCUUCGCCCUCGUGGCCCCCAGCAGCCAGCCCCCCAAUGCCUCUGGCCCAGGAGUCCCAGCCGGCCUGCCCAUGAACAGCACCCCAUCCCGGGAAGACAGGCGAGCCGCCCAGUGGGGGUCCUUCUACAGCCCUGCACAGACAGCCAGCAACGCCUGCAGCAGAUAUGAAGACUACGGAAUGACUCCCCCAUCUGGCCCAUUGCCAAGGCCGGGUUUUGGCCCUGGGUUGCUGCCAUCUUCUGAGCUGGGGCCCCCGGACCCUCCCCAGCCACAGGCGGCCGCGGAAGCCCCUUUUGCUGCCCGAGGGGCCUACUCCGAAGAGAUGCCAUCGGUGGCCCGGCCUCGGCCCGUCGGGGGCACCACAGGCUCCCAGAUCCAGCAUCUAACACAGGUAGGCAUCGCCAGCAGGAUUGGGGCACAGCCGGUGGAAAUCCCGGCUGUGAGAGGCAACCAGUAUGGGGGCCCAGGCUGGCCUGCUUACAGUGAGGACGACCCUGGACGGAGAGAGGCCCCCCACAUGCUCGGACAUCAAGAGUAUUCUUCUUCACCGCUGUUUCAGGUGCCAAGGACUUCGGGCAGGGAGCCCUCAGCUCCUCCAGGGAAUCUGCCCCACCGAGGGCUGCAGGGCCCUGGGCUGGGUUACCCCACCAGCUCCACGGAAGACCUCCAGCCGGGACAUUCCUCAGCUUCCCUAAUCAAAGCAAUCCGAGAGGAGCUGCUCCGGCUCUCCCAGAAACAGAGCGCGGUGCAGAACUUCCACAGCUGAUGGGCCCUGCUGCACAGGUUUGCUGAUAACCGCUUCCCGUGGAAGCAAGACCAAAAGGAAAUCGACUGAGUGGAUGUUUGUAAGAAGAACAGCAUCUCCCGGGCAUGCUGCCCGAGUAAGGGAACAAAUUGCAAUUUUAGAUGUUGCCAUAACUCAUGUGACAACUCAUGAUAGUUUUACUAUGUUGGCCAUUUAGUGACCACUCGGGUUCAGUGGAAAUGUAUGUAUUUUUGGCCAAAAGCCAGCAGCACUUCACAAAAAUGAAACACAAACUAAGCUAACAAAAUUACUAAGUUAGUCUCCUUUUAAAAGGCAGAAUAUUGAAAUGUGUAGAUGGUACAGGGCAGAAAGGAACCGAGCUGUUCCAUGGGAUUCAGACUGACAUGUAUGAUGCACCUGCUGCUUUGUUCUCCGAGAAGAGAGAUUCGAAGACAUUUCAUUAACAGCCUGAUUUCCCUGUUUUCUUCCAUACGAACUUAUUUUAAUAGCGAUAUUAACAAUAACAAUACUAAGACUGUUGGGGAAUUCUAAAGAAAGCUACUAGUGAGAAACCAAAUGUUAGAUUGUAGAGCCUGAUGACUCCAAACGAAGCCAUCGCCUGCGUUCUUCCUCUUCCUUUUCUGGUGCUAAAGCUCCGAGAACCCCUUCACCUUUCUGUCUGUGAAAAGCAACUUUGGCUUUUACAAUGGGAGAACAUGUUGGAGGUUUCAUUUUGUUCUAAGAAAAAAGAAAAAUAAUUCCCAAAUUUGGGGAAAGUGGGGGAGCUAUUUAUUUGGUUAAUCAAAAAUACAUAUCAAAGCUUAGAUUUACGUUUUUAAUUGUAUUUGCUCUUUUAAGAAUUGGGCACAUGCAAGUGCAGGUGGCUCCCACUUCCACACAUCGAUUAAGGUCAGUCCCACAGAAUGAGGCUUUCAGGGUCCUCGCUCUAACUCCUUGCACUUUGCUGAUGAUUUGCUUGCAUAUCACGCCUGAAGGAGACAUCUUAUGUAAGCAGACAUCGUUGCUGACAAGUCCACCCAGGUGUUCCAAAUCCAUCCCUAGCGAUCACAUUCCCUGAGUACAAGACCUGAAAUUGGAACUGGGUCCAGUCCAGCCUCUUGUCACAGAACAAGAAGUGUAAAGAAGAGUUCUGAGAUUACGAGGGAAAGGAGAGUUGCCCCUAUUCUGAUUUUAUUGUUAUUAAUUUGUUGAGUGACUGUUAGAACUGUGUGGUGCACUUCGGGCCAGGGAGAGGGAGGGUGAUCUCACUUAAAAUGUACCCCCAAAGUCACCAUUUCCCUCCUUCCCAGAAAGACAGCAUUGAUCUGUAUUCUGGUGCCUGAGUGAAACUCAAAGGAUAUACAUGCAUUCAGAAGAGAUUCCUGCUAGGUACAUUGUUCUAGCAGAUGAACUCAUACUUUUGAUUAAACAACACCAUGGGGUAAAUUUGGGAUUCUGCCUAAUCAAAAUCUGAAUAUCUGCAGUAAGUUUUGAGAACCUGGAGGCAGCUUUAACAGGUUUCCAGAGUGUAGUUGUUGGUUCCAGGAUCAUGCCGACCGAUUAAGUCCGUGGUAUAGACAUAGAAUCUCAGGACCCGAAUCUCCAGGUCUGUUCUGGGAAGUUGAAGUGUAGCCAGCAGCUCCCAUCAGGCUGUUUCCAAAGGCUCCGACUUACAUGGGAGAAAAGAUCCCUUUUGAGGCUUGAUUUCUUACCUCUUGUUCUUGGUUUAAUACUUUACUGUUCACAAAGUGGAGGAUCCUCUUUCUAUGUCACUCAAAAAAAUCAGGUUUGCUGAAUGUGGUUUUAAGACUUUCACCUACCCAUGCAGUUUUAUUAUGGACCCUUACAAUGAGUUCAACUCUUGUGACAGCAGAUGGAAUAAACGGCCCUUUCUCUCCUGGUUCUGCUCCUUGUCAUAAGUGUUUUGCAUGCAGAGUAUCCUAAAAGUGAUUACCUCCUUUGUGUGUCGCAGAAAUGGGUCUCUACUGCAAAGGAUGUAACCGCGACCACAGUUUUAAUGCCUUUCCAACCACCAUAAAGGGAGUCUACCUGUAUUUUUAUUCUUAUAACCAAUACAUCUUUAAACUAAUGUCAAGACCAAAGAUGACACACAGUAAACUGCUGCUGAUGAGUGAUUCAGUGUGAACAGGCCCUGUGGGAUCACCAGCUCUCUGUUGGUUGUUUUAAAAAAAAAGCACACCUGGUUUGCACUUGUUUUUUCCUAGACAUCUGCCCCAACAGGCUGGCCAGUCACCACACUCAGAACGAGCUAGCUUUGUGGGACACACCAUGCUCAGUGGUCUCCAGACACUUAGUCAAGUGUGCUUUGCUUAAAAGCCCUCCUGUUGAUCCUGAGUAGCUUUGGAAUUCCACUGAUUGGAGCACUCUAAAAAAAGUUAAAUUUUAGGUCUGUUCUUUUUUCCUGUUUCAGAAGUCCUAGUGGUAAAACAAACUAUAAAUUUGAGUCAGUGUUUUUGAGAAAAUAUUUUGGAGAAGUGAUCUUGCAGUCUACUUUGUCACUCAUCCACUAUGUCAAGCUCCUCCGAACCUCAUCCUUCCCUCGCUGUCAAGUCCAGAUGUCCCCCACCUGCCUCCUGGGAUCUCUGGUUGUGUCAGGUAUGAUCCUGUAUGCAAACAUCCCUGGAGGAGGGAGCAUAAAGCUCUGUGAAAAUGUAGCAUGUUUUCCAUGUGAAUGACCUGGGGUGGCCUGUAUGAUAUAUAUACUGUGAUCUGCUGGUGAACAGGUUUACACCAGAGCAACCAGAUCAAGGUGGAAAGCUUGGUAUGACUCAUCUUCCUCAUUCCUGUUUUUAAACUCUUCUCAUUCUCCCAUGCCUUUCAAAAAGCAUCUCUAACAUCUUUCUGUUCCUCAUUUUCUGCUAUGUCUGGCACCAAAUAGGUCAGCAUACUCAAGUCCUGACUUCCGAAAUCUUAGACUCUAACUCAGAUCUUAUAGAUGGGUAUAAAAGAUGGAAGACAUUAAUAAACAUACAAUUUAAACAUCCAUAACAUUCAAAGCAUAUAAGUGCAUUGGGCACUCAGAAGUCAUGGAAGCUGCAUGUCUGGAAUUGCUGGGGUCUGGGGAGAAGUUAACUAUAGAAGUCACUUGGAUGAAGACAGGGCAGCUGCCCAGACUUGGGGUGAAGUGGCCUGGGGAAGAAUGGGCCUGGGGGAGGAUGUAGAGAUUGGAGUAGGCUGUCAUUGAGGAUGAGUAUGGGGAUAGCCCAGGGAGUUUCCAAAGAGUAAGUAGUGUGAGGAGGCAGUAAUUGAACAAAUGAGUGACCAGACUGGUGAAGGUCCAGCGUGGGAGGAGCUCCAGCAUGGGAAAGGAAAGGAGAGUACCAAGAACUGCUGCGGGUCCAGUGGGAAGAACAAAAGUAGUGCUAAGAAUGACUUUGAGGGUUACUGCUUAGAACAGACUUGAUGGCCAACCAUUCAGCAAUGCUGAGUCCUUUGUGGAGUGUGCCAGGUUAUAAAUAAAUGCAUCUGGCUUUUUUUUUACAGCUACGUACAAAUUUUCUUCGCAGUUUUAUUUAAUUCAGAAUGUGUCCUGAUCUUGGUGGCACAUGGCUUUUAAGCAGCAGUCUUUUUGCCAGCCAGAUUUUUCAGGAAAGGAAGCCUGUGUUGCAGACCAUAGGUGGAGGGUGCUUGGAAGGCUUGAGGCGGAAACAAGUCAGUCUCUGCUGUCUGAGUCUCCCAUUUCCCAUGAGCAAGGCCAGUGUUUACUGCAUUUGUAUGACGCCUUCGUGCAUGCUCUGUUAAGCAAGCUGUCCCCCGAUGUGGGUCUGCUGGGUCGUGCUUGCCAAGUUAAUCAUUAAGAAAGCCUCUCCUGGCCUUCCAUCUUGGGUUCUUAAACGGGAAUGCACUUGACAUGGGGAAGGAAGGCUGGUUGAGAUUCUGGGCUCAGGGCCAGGGGCUCCCAGUCUUAAGUCUCACAUUAACUUUAGCUCUAGUGAAGUUUUUGCCAGGUCAUUUCUGCCUCCAGAGCAAGGCUCCAAACUUCAUCACCAGAGCCUGCUCAUCCACAUUUGGCCCACGCAGGAGCACGAGGAAGGCCACCUCUGAACCUGCAGAUAGGCCUCGUGAGCACAAACACAUUUUUUUGGGAACUUUGCUUUUACUUUGAAUCCAACAUGCUAUAAACACUCUUCUUGUAACAGUAGAGGGGCUUCUAUGGGCCACUGCUGUAACAUUCAUCAAAUAUUUAGGCUUACACUUGUCACCCAGUGGACAAGGAGUACGCACAUUUCUGGUUUCUUUUGACAUUUUUGGAGGUGAUUGUUGAUAUUUGAACUAGGACACCUUUGUCCACUAUUAAGAAGACUUGAACACUGAAACAUCAUGGCACAGUGCUAAAUCCGUGCUUUUGUGUGUAGCAGUACACUUAACAAUUGUCCUAUGAACACACAGCAGCAUUAAAGGAGGGAAAGAAUAUUAAAUGCCUUUGGGUACACGGAGCAGUUAGGAACCAGUGCAGAAAGUGAGAGAAGCAGUGAAUGUCUUCGUCUGAUAAACGCUGGUCCAAAUCUGUGUCCCACCGGGUAGGUAAUGAUCCAGGCUCCUUGCUUUGCCUUCUUUCCCUGGGGUUUUUCUGCUCUGAGACCACUUCACAUUUAAAGAAAGAGUGAAUAGGUUCAAAGGACUGAACUGAAAAUUGGAAUAGUUUUAAUCUCACUGAUUAUGUAGAACAUUCUUCCGGGACUACUUGGAGCGAUCUUUACUCGUGCCCACCAGAUUUCAAGUAUUCAUAACUUGUCUCCCCAGGGCCAAAUUCAAGCCAGACACCCUGUUCUGUUCCCCUGCAGAUGUGGAGAAAGAAGAGGGAGGUGCAGGAAGAACUGAGAUGUGGUUCCUAACUCAGUUGCUCUAAGCACCAGGGACUCAUUUCAAAGUGGAGUAGAAAUGCUCCUGACAUUGCCCUCUUGCCCCGCCUCGCUGACAGCAUUAACAGGAGCUCCACGGAGCUGCUCUGGCUGGGGUGCUGGCUUAUCUCCCCUCCUUUUCAAGGUCAUGCUCUGAUUCUUCCUGCACCCUCCUUUUUAGAUGAUGACUGUUAAUGUACGAAACUGUGCAGAGCAAAUUGGAGCCACCUGUGGCUUCCAUCCUGCAACCUGAACUUGACAAUCAUAAUUUGCUGGUCUCAAACGGGCACUUAAAUCUCAGUAUGGGUAUAUAAUUUAGUAAUUGAACCCUCCCUUCUCUUUGUCGGUUAUGUUUCUAUCCUCCAAUUAGCUGCACUGUUUUAUAAUGUGCUGUAGUUUUGGAAAUAAUUUAUGUAAGUGUUUGGUUUCCAUGUUUACAAUUUUUACAGCUUUCUUAGCAUUUUAAAUGGAAAUGUCAAUA